ACUGGGGGGAGGGUCGAAUUGAGCUAGAAUUUAAAUACGCUUGUGGCUGAGUCAAACGGGCGGAAGAAAGGAAGGAAGGAACUAAAAUGCACUAAAACGGACGGAGGGCUUGUGCUUCUGGACAAACGGCGAUGGGAGCCACGGCCAGCGCGAUCGGUGGAUUCAUUACCGGUGUGUUAAACUCUGUCACCGACAGGUUUCUGACACCACCCCUGAAGGCCACUCUGAAACAUUUAGAAGAAACUGAACUCAAAACUCUGUCUGGAGAGAAAAAAGCUUUCAAAGCCAAAUUACUAUGGGAGAAAUCUGGAGCUGUGAUCAUGGCAGUCAGGCGGCCAGGAUGAUUUUUGUGCAGAGAGGAGGCUGAAGAGCUGUCCUCUCUGAAACCUGAGCUGGAAGAGCUUGGGGUCCCUCUGUACGCUGUAGUGAAGGAGGAGGUCGGCAAAGAGGUCCAGAACUUCAGGCUGUACUUCAAGGGGGAGGUCUUCUUGGAUGAAAAGAGACGGUUUUAUGGGCCACAAGAGAGGAAGUUGGGCCUCCUGGGGUUUCUUCGCGUUGGGGUGUGGCUAAAUGGCUUGAGGGCCUUCAAUAAGGGCUUCAUUGGAAAUAUUUUUGGAGAGGGCUUCGUCCUUGGUGGUGUGUUUGUCAUUGGACAAGGACAGCAGGGAAUAUUGCUGGAGCACAGAGAAAUUGAGUUUGGGGAUAAAGUCAACAUUAAAGAUGUUAUUGAAGCUGCUAGAAGAAUCUCACAGGAACUUCUGCCCUUAAAGAAAUAGUUGUCUACACCAGAGGUUAAGUGUCACAUAAAUGUACAUCUGAUCUUGUAAAGACUAAAUGUAUGUUGAGUUCAUGUUGUAACUAUAAUGUUCACUAUGCAUGAGGCUCAGUUAUGUGGACUCAUAUUUAAUAAUGGCACAGCAUAUAGAAUAGUAAGAGUCACCGAGUGUGUUAAUGAUGGUCUGUUUCUAAACUCUGUAGAAGAAACAAGCUUGAUCUCUAACAUUCAGUUUCAUUUAUUAUUCUCUAAGAGCUGUGAAGCCCCAAGAUGCUGACCUUUGAAUAAUAAAGUGUGUCUUUGAGCCGUGCA